CAUACAUCGCUUGUAGGCUUUCUACGCUAUGCACAAGACUUGCCACUUGAUCGCGCAUCGACUGUCUUUCGAGGGACUUUGUAUGAAUAUGCUGUUCUAGAAUGCCUGAGACAACACUCUUUCGAUGUGUUUCGUACUGGCGGUGCGGAUGACAAGGGUAUUGACUUGCGAGGGCACUGGCGUUUGCCUAUUCCCGUUGUGAUACAAUGCAAGCAUGAAGUCAAGAAAAUGGGCCCUCGAGUAGUACGUGAGGUGGGUGGCAUACGAACACUGGCUACGACGUUGGACACAGAAGAGGAACCAUGCGAGACACUUCGCAUACUCGCAUCGUCAUCGCCGUUCACGGAAAAGGCAGUGCAAGCCAUGAUGACUUCAGCAUCUCCAAUCCUACUUUGCCUCAUU